AUGCUUUAUAGGCAGCGACUCUUUCCCAAUUGAAUCUGUUAGACGUCUUUUAUUACUUCUCUCCAAGAUGGUGGAUGUCAGUAACUCAACAGAACGGGAUCCACUCCUUCAGCGGCCGGGGUCUUCCUCAAGUCAUUCGUCAGCAUCAAAGUCCUUGGCUUCUGUGCCAGAUGCGGAGCGGAAUGGAAAGGAUGGAGCAGUUGACAAGAUUUCAGCGUCUAGAGGAGCAUUGAUUUGUUGCUCAAUUGGUCUGCUCAUCUUUCUCCAAGCGACCAAUAUCUCCAUCUUGACAACAACCCAGUCCUCAAUUGCGGCAGAUCUAGACGCAUUCGAGAAGGCAAGCUGGCUGACGUCUUCGUAUCUAAUAGCCAUGUCUUCCCUGGCCCCAUUGAUGGGACGACUAUCCCAGCUUUUCAGUCCUCGUCUUUGCAUGUUCUUUUCCACCCUUGUCAUCUGCUUGGGUACAAUCAUUACCUCCACUUCCAUAUCAUUUGAAAUGUUCAUGGUUGGCCGUGCAUUUACUGGUGCUGGCGCCGCCGGUGUGCUCAUCGUAGCGACCAUUAUCGUCAUUCAAAUGGCUAGCCCGAAAAAUCGGGGGAUCUAUAUUGGGCUAGUGAACUCUGGAAUGACUGUGGGAGUGUCUCUUGGGGCAAUCAUUGCAGGCGCAUUAGUCCCUAAAAUUGGAUGGAAACCUCUCUUUGGUAUCCAGGCUCCAUUAAGCCUGGUGGCUGGCUUUGGUCUUCUCGUCGGAAUCCCCCCAAACUACAUUGCCACACGAGGCGAGUAUGCUAAUCUAUCCCUACGAGGAAAGUUAGCGCGGCUCGACUACAGCGGGGCCUUACUUCUAGUUUUCACAAUCAUCCUCUUCCUCCUUGGUCUAUCUGGUCCUCGCAUCCUACUAAUACCACUCGUCCUCUCUGCUGUUCUUCUACCAAUCUUCAUCUUAAAUGAGAUCUACAUCGCCAAAGAUCCCAUCAUUCCCAUCAUGGUUCUCAAAUCUCGCGGUACACUCCUCACCUGCCUUGCCACGGUUGGUUUCAUGAUGGCGCGCUGGACAGUCUUAUUCUACACACCUGUGUAUGCCCUUGCUGUUCGAGGUUGGUCGCCGGCUGCUGCGGGCUCCAUCCUCAUCCCAACGAAUGCGGGAUUUGCGAGCGGAGGCCUCCUCGUAGGUCUCUUCCACAUCCGUCGAAAUGGGAGCUUCUACCUUCCAAGCCUGAUAUCAAUGACCCUGUUCCCUGCUACGCUUCUUGUGUUAGCGUUCAUGUCGACUGCCGAGAGUGCUUGGGGAGGAUACGUGGCUGUCGUGUUCUGUAACGGCCUUCUUACUGGGGCGGCUUUGAACUAUACACUAGUUCACUUGUUGCAUUUGACGCUAUCAGAAGUCCAUCCUAUUGUGCUCUCCCUCCUCGCCACUUUCCGGGGGUUUGCAGGUAGCUUCGGCUCUGCGAUUGGCGGCGGCCUCUUUGCACGCAUCCUGAAUCGAUCGCUAGUUGAUGGAUUUGCUGAUGCUGGACUCAAGCAUCGAAAGGAUUUGAUCAGGAGGCUCGUAGGCAGUCCAGCACUUGUGAGCAAUUUGGAGGGAAAGGAGAAAGAGAUUGCCGUGAAGGCGUAUGAGUCGGGGCUGAAAGGCCUUUUCUUAGCCGGCCUAGGAUUAGCGAUCAUCGUCGCUGUUGUUCAAGCUGGAACGGGAUGGAAAGAUCCUGCGAAGACAGAGGCUGAAGUGAGGAUUGAAGAGGAUGAGGUCGAGGAGGAGGAGGGCUUGAUUGGUGGGUCUUGAUGAAAAGUCGGGUACAAAUACGGGACCAUUGAAC